AUGACGAAAGCAUAUGAUAGGUUGUCAUGGCUAUUUCUUACUAAAGUGCUGAGGAAAAUGGGAUUCUCUGAAAGUUCUAAUAAAUGGACAGCCACAUGGUUUUUUCAAACAUCGAGGGGAGUAAAGCAAGGGGAUCCAUUGUCUCCGACACUUUUUAUUCUGGCUGCUGAAGCUUUGUCAAGGGGAUUGAAUUCUCUGCAUACAAACCUGUACUUUUGUGGCUUUGGACUGCCUAAAUGGAGCCCAAAAAUCAAUCAUCUUACCUACGCAGAUGACACCAUAAUCUCCAGUUCUUCUGAUGCAACUUCUCUUCGACUCAUCAUGGAGAUCCUACAAGUAUAUGAAAUUGCAUCAGGUCAGCUGGUUAAUAAAGGACUUCCCCUUCACCUAUCUGGGAUCCCAAUUUUCUAUGCUAGGAGGAAGAUUGAACACUAUCAAGGAUUGUUGACCAAAGUCCUUGACAAAUUGCAAAGCUGGAAAGGUAAACUUCUAUCCAUUGGGGGUAGAGCAGUCUUAAUAACUAAUGUCUUACAGAGCAUGCCCAUUCACUUGUUAUCCGCUGUCAAUCCUCCUAACUAUGUUAUUAACAAGCUUCAUAAGAUGCUUUCACAAUUCUUUUGGAGUAGUUCUGUGGGUGGUACUAGUAGGCAUUGGGCUUCUUGGACCAAUCUGUGUAUGCCAUAUGAAGAAGGAGGCAUUAGGUUUAGAUCUCUACAUGACGUAGCUAAGGCACUUUUCUGCAAGCUUUGGUGGAUUUUCAGGACUAACCAAGCCUUUGGAGUUCCUUUAUGA